GAGGUGGAGAUGAAGGAGAGGGAGGCCCCCGAUGCCCACUUCACAGUGGACAAGCAGAACAUCUCCCUCUGGCCUCCAGAGCCUUCUCCCAAGCAUGAUCAGUCUCCAGUCCUAAGGAAACCUCUCAGCCUCCGUGUGGCCUUCAUCUGUCUGGCAUUGGUCCUGGUCACCUCUAUUGUGCUUCAAGCUAUUUUCUAUCCCAGGUUGAUGGGAAAAAUAUUGAAUAUGAAGAGUGAUGCUGAGAUGUUGAGAGGUCGUGUGGACAAUAUCAGCACCCUGGGUUCUAUUCUUGAGAAGGACAGAGGCUGUGUGGAGAAGGCUGAAGUUCAGAUACAGACACUGAACACCAGCCUCACCCGUGUGCAUUCUCAGAUUCUGUCUUUGAGGACCAGCAUGGCACAAGCCAGUGCUCAAAUCCAGAUAUUAACAAGAAACUGGGAAAAAGUUGAUAAUCUCAGUUCUAAAAUCCUGGAGCUGCAAAGAGAUCUGGAUAAAGCCAGCACCUUGAAUGCAAAGGUCCAAACACUGCAGAGCAGCUUGGAGAAUGUCAACAAAGUACUCCAAAGACAGAGUGACAUUUUGGAAAUGAUGUCUCGAGGCUGGAAAUACUUCGGGGGGAACUUCUAUUACUUUUCACACACCCCAAAGUCCUGGUACAGUGCAGAACAUUUUUGCAUUUCUAAGGAAGCUCAUCUGACCUCAGUGACCUCAGAAUCAGAGCAAGAGUUUCUCUACAAGGCAGCAAAUGGGCUUCCACUCUGGAUUGGUCUCACCAAGGCAGGGAAUGAAGGUGAGUGGUACUGGGUGGAUAAGACCUCAUUCAACAAGGAGGAAAGUAGGAGGUUCUGGAUUCCAGGUGAACCCAACAAUAAUAGGAACAAAGAACAUUGUGCCAGUAUAAAGUCAUCCUCCCCCCAGGCCUGGAAUGAUGCUUCCUGUGACUAUAAGUUCCUUUUCAUCUGUAAGCAACCUGGUAUUCAGGCAGUCCCAUGA